CUCCUAUUCCAUCCAGGCUGCGCAAUUCAUGACCUGCGACAGGCCGCGCAACCACUGCUUGUCUUCACAUUCCUCUCAGCAACUCCCGUUUCCUCUAUCUCUAUCUGCACAAUAUGGAUGUCUCGAGGCUCUAAUCAUAUAAGGCCGAAAUCUUCCACGAAUCAUCCUCCACACAUCGUAUCCAAUAUACAACUGGCGAUGUCUACGCAGCGACAAUGAAUUUAAACAUCUUCCGCAUCCUGGGCGAUGUGUCGCAUACCGCCUCGAAAUGCAUUCUCAUCUGGGCUAUUCAUUCAAAUAAAAGCGCUGAAGGCGUGUCUCUGCUCACUCAGAUCCUCUACAUUGCCGUCUUCUGCACGCGUUACCUCGACCUCUUCUGGGUCCCGCCCACGCUAUCAUGGUGGAAUUUCAUUCUCAAGAACUUCUAUAUCUGGUCUUCGAUCUAUAUCAUCGUGUUAAUGACCAGGGUGUAUGCCCGAACACGAGAGCAAGAGAAGGCUUGGAAAUGGGGAGCAUAUGCAGCUGGCGCAUCCCUUGUCGCUGCUCCAUUGGUGUCUCUCAUCUUCAAUGGAUGGACGCGCAGUACCUUUAGCGAAGUGCUAUGGACCUUCUCCAUUAUCCUCGAAUCCGUUUGUGUUCUUCCGCAGCUUAUCCUGCUCCGCCAGACGACCGUACCUACAGUGAUUGACUCCUUCUAUCUGGUCACUCUUGGAUCCUACCGAGCAUUCUACCUUCUCAAUUGGAUUUAUCGCGCCUUCACACCCUCGAAGCCUGACGCAAUCUCCGUGAUUUUCGGGAUAAUCCAGACGGCAUUCUACGUCGACUUCGCCUGGGUGUACUGGACGAGACAAAGAGUCAAGCUGAGAGGAGGUGGGGUCGUGGACGCAGAAGAUCUGAGAAAAGGAUGGCUUGUAAACAAAGUCUUUAAACACACUCAAGAGCCUUCGGAAGAAGAAGAAGAUCCUGAAUCGGGCAACGUACAGACGAACGGACACGCGCAACCCAAAGUAAACCGAUGGGGCCCGCGCGGUAUCUCAAUUUCAGCAGAUGAUACCCUGCACGAGCACGACAAGGGCAAAAGAGCAGCCAACGACAGCGGCGAGGAAGCAAAUCCAAUGCUGGAUGAUGGCGCUUUCCAACCAGAUCCUGAAUCGUUCGAGUUCGCGGACGAAGAAGACGAUGUGCCUCGACUGGACGAGCCAGGCAAGAAGGUGUUGAACAGCAACGAAGAGUGGAGGGACAGCUCACCGUCGAACAGGUGAAUGCUGUGUACAACGUUGAGAGCUAUAGAUUUUGGGCGAGCCUUCUUUGCAGAUUGGUUGGAUGGACUCGAUCUCCUUCAGUUCACGCCAGUACUUGGCUCCACAUACUACUAGAAUAUACUGAAGGCUUGCCAAAAGAGAUUUCUGACAGAGGGGCCCUCAUGGCAUUUUGCUCCGACAGUAGAGGAUAUGGACCAACAUUUGGUAUGAUGCAGUAGAAUCAGCCAAUGACAUUUGAGUAGUCAGUCACCUAGCA